AGAAGAUUGCAGGUGAGCGCAAAUGUCAGGGGCACCUCGAGUCGAUUCAGCACCUUCUUGACCUAGUAAACAGGCGGGUGCAAUAAAGGCAGCUCGCUGGAUUCAGUCACUGCCCUCUCUGUUAUCCAGAGGAGCUCUAUAUCAGCGUGCUGCAGUGGACUCUGACCUACCCAGGAGCCAUGUGAUUCCCAUCAGAGCUUCUGUGUAAGAGCAGCCCGAGGUGGAUCUGUCACUAACCUCCAUGUAAGAUGACAGCGAGUCGUCUUGAAGGCCUGCAGGGACCGAGCACACUUGUAUGACAGACAGGGGAGGUGGGACUAUUUUGGGAGGCGCCUUCUUCUUCUGCAGACUCUCCUCAGACUGAUCUCGCUGCAGCAUGGCUCUGUUGGUCCACCUGCUGGCCUGUGGCUUUGGCCUGGGCUCUUGGGUGGCGGUGAACGGCCUGUGGGUGGAGCUGCCCCUCAUCGUCAACACGCUCCCGGAGGCCUGGGAGCUCCCAUCCUACCUGACGGUCAUCAUUCAGCUGGCCAACCUGGGACCUCUGAUGGUCACCCUCAUGCACAAACUGUGCCCGGGUUGCCUUAAGGAGCAUGUUGUCAUUUACUUUAUCCUCUCCAACGGGGUCCUGGCCUGCAUCCUGCUUGCCUUCUUCUGGGACAGGACUACGGUGGUGGCCGGGGCGCUGCAUAGCACAGCCUUCUUCAUCAUCACCUUCUUCCUCUCUUUGGUGGACUGCACCUCCUCAGUUACCUUCCUGCCUUUCAUGAUGCAGCUUCCGGCUAAAUACGUCACCACCUUCUUUAUCGGAGAGGGGCUAAGUGGCUUUAUACCUGGCGUAGUCGCUCUGGCGCAAGGUGUGGGCAUCGCAAAAUGUGUCAACUCCUCUCAGACGGCGGGAAACCACACAGGAGAGGACACGUGGACGAUACACACAGAGUACCUUCCUCCUAACUUCUCCCCCCGGGUGUUUUUCUUCUUCCUGGCAGCCAUGACGUGUAUAAGCCUGGCGGCCUUCACAGCGCUGAACAGGCUUCCCCGCACAUACGAGCUGUCCACUGAAAACCUCGUGCCAGACACGGUGGCAUCUGUCAGCUCGGGGCUGGAUAACCCCGGAGCGGAGAAGGACGGACAAGACGUGAAAGGCCAGGGCGACGGGUUAGGCCAGAGCAGGCCUCUGCUUGGCCACAGACACUCUGUAUACCAGCUGACCUUCAUCUACUUCCUGGUGGUGUGGAUUAAUAGCGCCACCAACGGCCUCCUGCCCUCUGUGCAGACGUACUCCUGUAUGCCCUACGGGAACCUGGCCUAUCACCUCUCUGCUGCUUUGUCUUCAGUCGCCAAUCCGCUGGCUUGCACCAUUGCAAUGUUCUUCCAAAACAGGUCACUCGUCUUUCUCGGAGGGCUGACGGUGUUGGGGACGGGAUUUGGCAGCUACAACAUGGCCAUGGCAGCUCUGAGUCCAUGUCCGCUACUUCAAGGCUCUGCGGUGGGAGAGAUGAUUAUUGUGCUCUCAUGGCUCUUCUUUACGGGGACGCUGACUUAUGUCAAAGUAAUGGUGGGUGUUAUCCUGAGAGACCGGAGCCACAACGCCCUGGUCUGGUGUGGCGCUGCGGCGCAGAUGGGCUCAUUAGUGGGCUCGCUCACCAUGUUCCCGCUGGUCAACGUCUACCAGCUGUUUCAGUCUGGAGACUUCUGCAACACUAAAUGUCUCUGAUAUUUCAACGGAGGAGACUGGGGACAGGGAAGAGACCGUCUCUUUCUGAGCGUUUGAUUAGGGAUCAAUACCACUCCUAUAUGUGCUUAAGUAUGGGGAAAGACACGGGAGCCAACUAUUUUAGCUUAGCUGUAAGAAUGAAAAAAAGGGAACAUUGCUAGCCGAGCUCUGCCAAAAGGAUCCUAUCAGCACUCAUUAACCGGUGUAUCUUGUUUAAUCUGUACACAACUCUUGAGCUGUUUUCACACAUGCACUACUGAAGAUUGUCUAGAAAACUUCAAGACAAUCUGCCCAUGAAAUCUUGAUGAGUUGCUUAUUGACACGUGUUGCUCACAGAGUGAAGUGGUGAUGGUGGAAGGGACAGAAGGAGACACUGUGAGGACAGUUUUUCCCUUCAUAUCAAAGCCACGUGUAAUAAGACGUAUCCACAGUAUCAGUGAUCGAGUGGAAAAGAGAAUGAAGCUAGCUUUAUUACGUGCUCAAAGAUCACACUGGUGAUGUAAAGGUCAUGACUGUUCACCCACGAGGGAGCUGGUAGGAAAAGAUCCCGGCAAAGUUAGGGUGAAAAUUGUGUCUGUUCCUGUGAACACAUGCAGCUCACCCCGAAAACGUUUGGGAUCAUUUCAGGACUUGCGUGUCUAUGAAAACACCGUAAAUGUAAGCUGCUGCUUUUUAUUUUAUUUAUUUUUUACAGUUACUCCAAAUAUGUUCACUUCUUCUUCACUCAGAAUCAGAAUCAGAAUCAGAAAUACUUUAUUAAUCCCAGGGGGAAAUUCGGUGUUACCAUUGCUCUUCAUACAAUACAGCAGCAGGAAAUAAAAUAAAAUAGAGAUAAUAAAGUAAGCAAUAAAAUGAGCAAUAAGUACCAAGUAGGGCUACAGUAAUAGGAUAUAUACAAGAUAAAGCAAUAUUUACAUUAUGAAUGUACAAGAUGAACUGUAAACAGAUACUGCACGUUGUAAAGGUGUAAAGAUAUUGCACGGUGUAUUGAGCAGUUUGCAGACAGUUUCAGAGUUAAAUAACAUGUCCAGGUUAAUAAUCCAGUUGGGCGGCAGUAGCUCAGUCUGUAGGGACUUGGGUUGGGAAUCGGAAGGUCGCCGGUUCAAGUCCCGGCACGGACCAAGUCCGGAAAUUGGUCUGGUAGCUGGAGAGGUGCCAGGCCACUUCCUGAGCACUGCCGAGGUGCCCUUGAGCAAGGCACCUAACCCCCCCCCCCCACAAGCUCAGGAGCGCCCGCCGUAGGGCAGCCCCCUCACUCUGAGACCUCUCCAUUAGUGCAUGUCCAUAGGAUCCUGUUUGUGCAUGUGUGUGUAUUUCAGUUCAUGUUUGUGUAGCAUGUUUACUAGACAGAGUGUAAAAAACGAAUUUCCCCUCGCGGGAUCAAUAAAGUAUAAAUUCUUCUUCUUCUUCAGUGUCCGGGUGUGUGAUUCUUAGAGGGAGGAGUUAUAAAGUCUGAUGGCCACAGGCCGGAGUGACCACCUGUGUCGUUCUGUGGUGCAUCGUGGGGGAAUCAGUCUUGCAAAGCACAAAUGAGCCGUAGAUUUAACAUUUGAUUUUUGUACAUUUUGAACAGGAUAAAACCUGUUAAUUAACUAUAGUGGUGCUAGUAAUCUUAUCUUCUACUCUGGGCAGAUUCAGGCUAGCGUUGCCCCCCCCCAUUUCUGUUCUUUAUGCUAAGCUAAGCUAACAGGCGACAGGCUCAAGCUUCAUAUGCAGCCUACACAUAAAGGAGGUAUUAAUCGUUUCUUCAAUGCGGAGCCAGAAGGCACGUUUCCUAAAAUGAGGAACCUUUUUUAAAUGUUUUUAUUUCUUUGAUUUUGAAGCCAUGUUUGCACUUAACUUUAUAAAUGUGUCAUGUAAUACACUAUCAUGGACUAAACUAUGAACUUGUAUAAACAUUAAAUAUCAGAAGUUGAACACUGA